AUGGGAUGUACCUCAGGGGCUGAAAUAAAACAGAAUUCUAUAAUUUAGAUGAAAACAAGAAACUAGGAUGUAGUCUUCACAUCCACUGAGGAUAUCUCUAAAAUUUAUUAGUUUGGUAAAGUGCUUGGAGUUGGUUCAUUUGGAAAAGUCGUUACUGCUAGGAUGAUUAAGAAUCUGGAAAAGCAAUAUGCAAUCAAAAUAAUUGAGAGAGCAAAGGUUAAAGGUCGUGAAGAUGUAUUGGCAAAUGAAAUUUAUAUGCUACAAAGGUUAGAUCACCCCAACAUAAUCAAAUUUCAUGAAGUUUACUAAAACAAUUAAAAUUUUUACAUUUGUAUGGACUAUUGUAAAGGAGGAGAACUGGUGGAAUGGAUUCCUAAAAAAUACAAAAGCUUUCAUGAAUAGCAUAUUCAAGGGAUAAUGAAGAAGAUUGCCUCUGCUGUAUGCUACAUUCAUGACCAAGGCAUAGUGCAUAGAGAUAUCAAGGCUGAAAAUAUUAUGGUCACUUCAAAAAAAGAAGAUGGCGAACCUAAAUUAAUUGAUUUUGGAUUGGCCAAUAAGUUUGAUACCUCUCAUCUUAAACGUCUAAAAUCAUUUGCAGGAACACCUAUGUAUAUGGCACCUGAAGUAAUUAAGGGAUCAUAUGAUGAAAAAUGUGACAUUUGGUCUCUGGGGGUAUUGCUUUUUACUUUACUUUCUGGCCAUUUGCCAUUUCAUGGAGAAACAAAAGAGGAAUUAUAUGACAACAUAUAAACAGCCAAUAUUUCAUUUGAUUCAGCAAUUUGGUCGCAUAUAAGCGGUGAGGCAAAGGACAUUAUUAAAAGAAUGCUUUCUAAACAACCAGCAUAAAGAUUGACAUCAAAGGAAUUAGUUAAGCAUAAUUGGUUCAAAAAACACUUUAAGAAUGAUGAAAAAAAUUCAUCAGGAUUAAACAAUUCUCUUAAUUCUAGCGUUUUUGAAAAUAGAUCUAUAUAUUCACUACUUAAAUAAAAUUAAGGUGGGGCUAAGUUUAAAAAAGAAGUUAAAACUCUUUUAAUCAAUCAAUUAAAUGAGACAGAAUUAAAUUCAUUGAAAGAAAUCUUUAAGAAGAUAGAUGUUGAUAAUUCUGGUACUAUUACAUUUCAAGAAUUGAAAGAAGCUUUGAAGGCUGAAGGAUCUCCAGCUACUUAUGAAGACAUAGAGAAAUUGAUAAACAAUGUUGCUCCUCCUCAAACACAAGAGGAAGUCGGAAAAAGGAAAAAAGAGUUUAUCAUAAAAUACAGUGAGUUCUUGGCUUCUUGCAUUGAUGAAAGGAAGUUCAUAACCAAAGAAAAAUUAUCUGCCUUAUUUAAAAUAUUUGAUACUGACAAUUCAAAUUUCAUUACCAAAUAAAAUAUUAAAGAAGCAUUUGCAAGAAAUGGAAAAUAGAUUUCAGAUAAACAAAUUGAUGAAAUGAUAGCUGAAAUUGAUCCAAAUCAUGAUAAUAAAAUAAGUUUUGAGGAGUUUUGUUUAAUGUUUGAUAAUGUAGGAGGGGUUAAUAAAAACUUUAAUGAAGAUGGAAGUAUGUAUGCAUGA